AAAAAGGAGGACACAGUCUCUCUCACAUACACACACACUGACAAAAACACACUGAUCCGCCGGCCACCGGAGGGAAACUCCUCUGUAUGUACGUUUAAAAAGUUCGAAUGCGGCGAGCAUGAACAUCAACGUUGAAGAAGGUGAUUCUACUGACCAGAAAAAAGAAGAAGAUUCUCUCUCCUCGGCCACCAAUCUAAGCAACCCUUCCCUCCCAACAGUAACCCCACCCGCAUCCACGGGUGGGGAUGUUGAUGUGGACCCACCACCACCUCUAGCGGCGGAGCAGUCACCAGCACCACAACAGAAACGACUAAACAUGGUAAUUCCGUCUAGGGACCCAGAUGCACUCGUCAGCGGCGGUGGUAUCAGCUUUCUCACUGGAAACCAAAAUGCAAGGUUCAGCUAUGGAUAUUCCAGUUUCAAGGGUAAACGGUCCUCAAUGGAGGAUUUUUAUGAGACAAGGAUAUCAGAAGUGGAUGGUCAGAUGGUUGCCUUUUUUGGUGUUUUUGAUGGUCAUGGUGGUUCCAGGACUGCAGAAUACCUUAAAAUCAACCUUUUCAAGAAUUUGAGCAACCAUCCAGAUUUCAUUAAAGACACAAAGUCUGCUAUUGUUGAAGCAUUUCGACAAACUGAUGCUGAUUACCUUAAGGAAGAAAAAGGGCAGCAAAAAGAUGCUGGAUCAACUGCAUCAACAGCUGUACUGCUAGGGGAUCGGCUGCUUGUAGCAAAUGUUGGAGACUCUAGAGUGGUUGCUUGUGUAGCUGGUGCAGCCAUUCCUAUGUCCAUUGAUCACAAACCUGAUAGAACUGACGAACGCGAAAGGAUUGAACAAGCUGGGGGUUUCAUCAUUUGGGCAGGAACAUGGCGGGUUGGCGGUGUUCUUGCUGUUUCUCGUGCAUUUGGAGACAAACUGCUUAAGAGAUAUGUGGUAGCUGAGCCAGAAAUUCAGGAAGAGGAAAUCGAUUGUGUAGAGUUUAUAAUCAUAGCAAGUGAUGGACUUUGGAAUGUCCUUUCAAAUAAGGAUGCUGUGGCUAUUGUGCAGGACAUAUCAGAUGCAGAAGCAGCAUCUAGAAAACUAAUACAAGAAGCCUAUGGAAGGGGUAGCUCCGACAAUAUAACUUGUGUAGUUGUUCGAUUUGAGAACCCAUGAGGUUAAAGGACUCUUAAGGAGGAUCCAAACCUUCAUAAAGCCUCUACUCAUUCAGCUUUGCCAUUCUUUUGGCUCUAUAUUUAAUUAGCAUUGAGUGCUUAAUUUUUGGAUUGGCAGUGCUCAUGUUUCUUUAGUUUUUAUAUCCUCUGCCCCUAAUCGGUGUAUCAUGGGCAACUAUGUCUUCGGAAUCCCAACCAGAUUUAAGGACUGGUUCAGGACAAGGAUAAUCUAAUUGUUCCCAUAGGUUUUCAUAAAGAAUAUCUGAAAACUCUGUUAGAGCGAUUUCUUAUUUAUUUCUAGAAAUAUGCUGUCUAAGGGACUUCUAGCAAGGUACUAGUAAAAAGUGCAUUCAUGAAGAAAUUAGGAUUGAUGGUCUAUUCGGUCAUUUGAUUAGUGUUUUGGAUUGAAAUAUGGUUUACAACGGAAAGAAAGUUGAUAGCCAGCAACCCUGUGGUAUGAUUGCUGUUGUAUAGAUCCCUACCUGAAAGGUUGGCAGGGGAUACAUGAAGCCUCACCGUAUAGAACUUUUACCCAAAAAAUUGGAGUGCAGCUUUAUUUUCAUCGCGUUAACUAGAGGCUGUCCAGCCCUUCAUUUCUGAUCAAUGUUAUUCAGAUUGACUCAAACAAGGAGACCGGCAUGUCUGAUGGUCAAUCUUUUUCAGCUUCCCCUCUCUCCCUCCGUCCAUCAUUCUUACAUUGACUCUUCCUAACUGUAGUGAUUUCUCCUGGAGCCCAAGUUAGAUGCUUUAAAUCUCGGUGACUCUUGUGACAUCCAAGGAUUGAUCAUGGGUUGUGUUUGAGUUUGUGUCUAAAAUGUCUGAGUCAAAAUUUGUUGAACUGAUACCUGGU